GCCUAUGAUGUACUUACCCUGGUCCCAGAGCCUCGAGCGUCUCUCUAUUCAGUGGCCAGCGAGGUUGACUAAAUAGAGAGACGCACGAGGCUCUGGAACCAGGGUAUGAUGUACUUGACUUCGAAUUGGCCCCUCUCCACCCCCCUUAAGGCCUCUCGCUGGUUAUUGUUUUCAAAAAUUCGUUCAAAUUGAAUCCCGUUUAGUAGCUUCUUCAAAACGUGCGAUCGAUCUGAUCUUUGGGAACCUAAUCACCAAUGCUUCUAGUUUGCAAAUUUUGAAAUAGAAAUAAGUUAUUAAAAAUCGGCGAGGCGCGACGCACGUGCAAAUGAAAUUGCAGUUUUGGGGGUUUGGUACGAAAUACUGUACUUUGGUAUAAAAUACUGUUGUUGCAAAUCACUCUAUUUUGCGUAUAUGAGGCCUACUUGCUGUUUUAUACGACAAGCGGACAAUCAAUCAAUCAAUCAUUUAUUUUUGCACUAUUUGAAGUUGAGUUAAUGCUUUACAAAGUGGACUUGGCAGAUUAGAAAAUAUUAGUAUAAUGAAAUUUUGUAAUGAGAUUAGUGUGCGUAGUGACCGAAGGAGCGAAGAGCUUUCGAGUUGGUCACUACCACAGUUAUUAGUACCAUGAGAAUUCGGGAAAGUUCAUUUUACAGUAUUUUUAUAAUUAUCUGUUUUUGUAUAUUUUUCUAUACAUGUGUCGCUACACUAUUAAAAUAACUAGGACAACCGAACCGAUUCUCUGAAAAUAUGGAAGAGUAAGUUAGUAGUGUAAGAUUGACACUCGAUUUUUUUCGAUAUUUGGUCAAUUUUAGAUUUGAAUUUCCCGACUACGAGGCAAUUUUCCAGCUUCCAAGUUUCUCUACUACUUUACUGGUGCGGUUGCCGCUCUAAAUAAGCGCCCAGUGCGUUAAAAUACUCUAUGUCUACCCAUAAAAUACAAGCUAUAUCUUGAUCUUACUGAUAGCACGUAGUAUUCACACUACAUAAAUUACGAACAGUGCUAUCAGACCAAAAUGUCAAGGUUAAAGUGAUUGGUACUCAGCGGUGCAGUGGCGGGGUGAAACAACCCACUCCCCCUCCCUCCACCGACUGAAUCGCACUGUAACAAUUGUUUAGUCGGCAAAUUUAUUCCCAAUGUUAUUGCGAUGAGACAGUGAAUGCAUUUUCAAAUAGAAAAUUGUUGUACCCCGCUUAUCAGGGGAUCGUUCCCUCUAUUAUGAAAUGUCAGGUAAAGCAGCCUUAGAUUUAGUGUGACAUUGGCCUUAAAGAGCCAGUCAUGACGCCAUUUGACCAUUUCGUUCAAUACCGACUGACUCAAAGAAUCCGUUUCCUGCGGCUAAUUCAAGCAAGAAACUGAGAAACUUUCAAUCAAAUAUCAUUAUAAAGUAUCAGUCUUCAUUCGUGGAUGGGUAUUUUGAAGUCUGCUCGCAUGUAAACCGCUGUAUUUUCAAUUGUAAACAAUACCAAGCUAGUGGUUGAUCAAACGGCGGUUAGAGUUCCACUUUUUCUAGCUCUCGCAGGGCUGCUAUCCAACGGUAUUAAAGAGUAUUUGACGAGGCUCCUAACGAAACCUAAACGAUGGAUCUUAGCAUCUGAGAUGCAGACUAUACGAGCUGUUUCAUUGUUGCUAUGACAACUGUGCUUGGUACUUAUAAUAAAGCUUCAAUCUACGGCAACCUCAAAGAACCUCUGUCUGCCGUCUUAACAAGUGCGAGAAGCAUCCAUUUCCAUCAGGUGGUUUUUGGGGAAACUAUUGCAAUGUUUUCAAUUGAAUUCGGUAAAUAAAGCAUAAUACUUUACUUUCAGGUGGUCACUUUGAGGUUUCGUAUCAUAAUUUGUCUCCCAAUGUGUUGGUUAAAAACAAUCACAAAGGCGUGGUUACCAGGUUAUUUUUAACUAAAAGCAAAAAGGAGAUAAUAAGGCAGACAAACCUUGAUAAGACAAGUAUAUAGAGAUCUCUAUAUUGCAUCCAUAUCUCAUAAGGAAAAUCCCACUUUACGCUUCUCGUGUAUGAUUUAUUGUGACAUGGUAUUUCGCGUGUAUGUAUAAUACGGAGGUUUUACUCGAUUCCUAUAAGAAAGAUGUUUUUAUACUAGUGAUGGCUGUCCUGAUAGUAAAUUUCAACAUUGAAAUGCAAAAUAACGGUCUUUGUAUUUAAUAGAGACGGACUAAUUUUAUAUAUUUAGUUUUUAUACUAUGUAACCCACAAAAUAUUGUCUUCUAAUGAAUUUCUCAUGUCAUCAAAGUUUACCUGUAAAGGCGGUGUAACCCAAAUCGUAUAUAAUCAAGCCUUCAUAUCAAUUUUAAACCUGCCUUGUUUUACAUUACUUUUGAUGUAUAUAUUUUAACGCGUUCUUAACUUAGUGAGAGCUUCUAUCUGAAAUAUAAAGAAGAAUAAAAAAAGAGAAACAAAGAGAAUUUAACUAAAUCUUAUAUGUAUCUGCAUCUGCUUUAAGUAUAUAAAUCUCAACGUGAGGAUUUUGCUUCUAUUAUACAUUUCUGAAGUUUUACAGAGAUUUUGCUGGUUUAGCUUAUAAUGAUAUCACGAAAGUAAACCAGUCGACAGCUUUUAGAAUACGAUUUUGAUCGGUCAAGGAGGCUUGUAGAGAAGUCAAUCAAUAAGGCAUCCUAGCAGUGAGAGAAAGCCGAGUACUAAUCGUACGUUUGUUUUAUUAGCAAUAGGCAAUUAAGAAGAUUAAAGUAGAAUUACAGUACAGAUAUAUUUGCAUUUUUUUUGCAGGUUGAACAGUUUCUCUCUUUAUCUAAGACUUGACCAAUACUUUGUUCAACCUAUAGUAUAGAGAUUAAAAAAUGUGUAACGAAAAGCCGAAAGGAUAUAAACAAACUGUCUCAAUGUUUUUUGAACAACGAUAUUUGGUGUACUUUAUGGUCAUUUCACGUCGCUCCUUGAAAAAGGUAUUGAUUGAAUGCGCAGUUAUAUCACAAAUUACAGGUGUGCCGAAUUCGAAACUCUAAUCUGAAAAGUAUUAAAAAUGUAUGUUUCAUCUGCGGGGAUGUUCCGAAAUCUUUUUAAAAUGGUAAUAGGAUUGCAGGAAAUCAAUUAGUAGCUUUGUUUGUCAGGGAAAAAAAGUACAGUAUAGUAAUCUAUGGUUAACCACUUUCUGUGGGUCUUGAUAUCAAACUUGGCAUUAGAAAAAGAGCAAAAUUAUCUUUUCUCUUUCAUUGCAUUUUCAUCUAUCUCUAUCUCUCCUUGUAAUUUUUUUGAAACUCAUAUAUUAUGGAUAAGGAUAGCAUUAGUUUCGUUAUAAGCACAUGUCCAUUACCAUUAUUUUUCUAACAUUUUCCAUAUUUUACAUUCUGGUUUGAUGCUGAAAACCUCUCAUUCACACCAUCUGCAUUCUUUCAUUUUCUAAAUAACACAUCGUCUCACUCACAAAUAAUAUAACACAUCGUGUCACACUCAUUAUUUUUAUUGCGAUUUUCUUGGUUUAAAAUUAAAGAGAGAAUGAUUGUUUAUCAUUGUUUUUGUCAUGUUAUGCUGUUUGUUAUCUUGGAAAACGCAAGAUAGAAUUCUUUGCGGUAUUUUUGGCAUGGCUCUGUGAGGGCUGGUCGUGUCUGUGUGUUUCAUGGCCGAGCUGUUGCGUGGCGCCAGUUGUGGUCCCUCCCGAUUUUUUUUAAUAAUACAGUUUAUUACCCCUCUGUGCUGCAGCUGUUUAUUUGACAGGGGUAUUAUUUACUAAGCAGCACCUAGGAAUUAUUCAUGCGUGGAAAUACUGCGAAUCUAUACUCUCACAUCCAUCCAAGUCAGUCUGCAAAAAGGCAAGCCAUAAAAAUAAUCACCAAAUUGCAACCUUCAAUGGCCAGUGCAAAUGAAGUUGACUUGUUGCGGAAAGUGAAUUUGUUUGCUAAGUUUUCCAAUUAAAGUAGAUUUAAAUAUUAAUAUAAAGUCACGAGUUUUGAUAUUGGCCCUUGGACAUCGUGUGGGUAACCACUAGAACGAGUGGUGUCGCACAAGGAGCUUGUUGCGCCGGUGAAAGUCACACAGAAAGAAAGGAAGGUCUCGGUCGUUUCCUUCCCCACUCGGAACAGGUCAGAUCGCCCUCACACGAAAUCCGUGAUUUUGCAUACAUACGUUCAGUGUACACACAAACGGUUGACCUGCUGAUCUUACGCUGUUUGCAUUCUUGGAGAGCAGAUACAUUGGACUAGGAGCACAUCAACUGCUUAAAGCUACAAGAGAACCGACAUCCUAAAUGCAAACGGUGAUUUGGUGUGUGACUUGUGCUUGGUAACAUUAUCUCACUGGUGACCGAGCUACAAGUUGAUCGUUUAACCUUAUGGCCGACUUAAAUAAGUACGUGUUAACAAACCAGGAGGAAAACUCCAACACAGUGGCCACCCAUCCAGACGACCACUUGGUCCAAGGGAAAACCAAACAGGCCUUUUUCACACCUCGUCAAAAGACCAUAGCCAUCGUUAUAGCAUGUAUUCUAGUAUUUAUUAUUCUCCUGCUUGUUAUCGGGAUGAUAGUGCAGGGUAUCCAGGCCACUCAGCUUCGCAAGGCUUUGAAGAAAUCGAAAGAAAGCGACAUUUGUUUGACUAUAGACUGCAUCGACACAGCUUCAGAACUUAUGAGCUCAGUGGAUCCGACAGUGGAUCCCUGCGAGAACUUCUACGAGUACGCCUGCGGUAAAUGGCCAGCGAAAAACCCGAUACCCAUAGACGAGACGUACUGGAACCAAUUGAAGGUGUUGAGAGACAGGAACGAGAAGAUCAUCCGCAAGUUGAUCACUUUUAAAGAAACAAGGGCAAUAUUCUCCAAGAUCGAUGCAUUAAGAAAAGUGUUCACGUUUUAUGACUCAUGUAUGGACGAAGAGCAAAUUGAAAAGCUGAAAGGUCAACCGCUGCUGGACUUGCUCGAGAAACUUGGGUCAUGCCCUGGGGUACGCCCUGACUGGAACGGAUCUGCUUGGACAGUGACUGACACAUUGAUCAAAAUGCAUGAGCUAACACAAACAAGCGCAUUCUUCUCCUUUGUAUUUGUACCUUCUGAUCAAGCAAAUGGCACGAUAUCUGAAACAUGGCUUUUUACAGCAGAGAUACCUUUAAGGAGUGAGAGGUAUAACUCAUCCUCAGAAGAGAAUAUCAAGAUUAAAAAAGGCUACAAGAAAUACAUGAAGGACGUGUUGGUGUUACUUGGAAAUAAUGAAUCCCGGGCAGAAGAAGUUUCCGAAAGUAUAUUCCGAGUUGAAUUUGCGCUAGCGCAGCUUAUGCUAACUGCAAGGAACGAAAGCAGCACAGAAAGACAAUUAGUUUCGUUAAAAGACCUGACGCAUGGUAAUACGUCGGAGAUCAACUGGCUCAGGUUUUUUACAAGUGUUUUCAAAGCCUCUACGAUAACACCUACCAUGGAUUUCAAAGUUAGGGUUGGAUUUCGCAAAUAUUUUGAAGAUUUGCCAGAAUACAUUAGAAAUACACCGAAAAGUGAUUUAGCCAACUAUAUGAUGUGGCAAAUCAUGCGGGGACACUUGAUUCUCUUAUCAAAUCCAUUUAUCGAGGCAAGGGAGGGCUUCAACAGGUUGUUUGGCUCAACCACAAAAACUUUACGAUGGGAGAAAUGCGUUAUGGAGACCAAGAUCUUUUUGAACUACGCUACAAGUCGCCUCUUCGUCGAGGCGGCGUUCAAAAAUGGAAGCAAGACAGAGGCAUUUGAGAUGGUUCAAGAUAUCAAAAAAGUUUUUAUAGAAGAUUUUGAAACUGUUGAUUGGAUGGAUGAAGAGACUAAAGCAGCUGCGAAGAGAAAGGCCACAGCCUUAACUGAAAACAUUGCCUAUCCUGAUUGGAUACUUGAUGAUGAAAAGCUAACGGGCUACUACCAACAGAUGUCGAUUGGAAAUGAGUCUUACUUUAAUAACGUCAUCUCAGUAGGGUGCUUUAGUAAUGAACAACGAGUCCAAGAUUAUAAUCAGCCUUUGGAUAAAAACGUGUGGUAUAUGUCACCCAUGGCCGUGAAUGCGCAAUACCUUUCCCUCCAAAACUCGAUGGCUUUACCUGCCGGUAUUCUUCAGCCUCCAUUCUUUAAGAAGAACUACCCAAUGUCGGUCAACUUCGGUGGCAUUGGUACAAUCAUUGGACACGAAAUGACUCACGGCUUCGACGACUCAGGACGAAUGUAUAACCAAGAUGGUAAUAAGGUCAAAUGGUGGACAAAUUCUUCUAUAGAGGCGUUCAGCAAAAGAGCAAAGUGCUUCGAAGAUGUAUAUUCCAACUACACAUACAGAGGAAUUAAAAUUAAUGGUGCCAGGGUGUUAAGUGAAGCCAUUGCUGACAACGCUGGUACUAAGCUUGCAUAUCUGGCGUAUAAAGUUUGGGUAGAUGACCACCACGAGGAGAAGCUACUUCCUGGGAUCAAGCUCAAACACGAUCAGAUCUUCUUUCUCUCCUACGCCCAUAUAUUCUGCGGCUCAUAUUCCAAGAAUGCAGCAGAAGAUAUAGUGAGGAUGAGUGUUCACCCACUUCAUCCAAUAAGGAUAAAUGGAGUCGUAUCAAACUCUGAAGAAUUUGCUAAAGCGUUCAGUUGUCCUCGAGGUUCACCAAUGAACCCAGAACACAAGUGCGAGAUGUGGUAAUUAGACGAAUUACCACGCUUAUGCAAGCAGCCGCUGCAGAAAAGUUACAUGCUCUCCAAGCAGUGAUGGCGAAUGUUACGAUAAAUGGGUCGUUAUUUUUUCUUCGUCCUCAUUCCCGUUCUGCUUUCUAGCUUUAUGACUUGUUAACGAGUGAGGGUCGUGCCUUUUGAGAUCGCAAGACCCUCUCAUUUAUGAGAAGGAGAUGCUGUGAAACCCCUUUAUUGAGGACACAGUAUGUGCCCUUUAAACUGUCCAUAUUAACGACGGCCUUAUUAAGAGGGUCAUUUACAGCAUGACGGAAAAACCUGAAAUAUUUGCAAUUCCAGAUAGAGAGAGAAGACACAAUUUCUUCAGUGGCUAUAGGUUCCUUGUAUUGCGGACUGAUUUUUAAAACAAAAAUAACGUGAAACCGAAUUGCACAGAUUUUGGAUUUUUAAGAUAAUUUUUUCCUUGAUCAUCAUUGCCCUGUGUGUCAGCUCAGAGACGAAAAGCUCAAUGACACUUUACAAAAAGUCGCAUCAAUUUAAAAAGUCGCACUUGAUAUUUUGUUUGCUAUAAGUAACUAAGUACUCAGAGAAAUUCUCCGCCUUAUUCGAUGUGAAAUAGGCUUAUUUGAAGCUUCACGUCAUGUUUUUCCGUCAUGUCGUUAUUUACCGAAAUACGCGAGGCUCAUAUACAUUGGGAUCAUUGGUGUCCUAAUCAAGCUGGUGUCCUUAGUGUGGCGUUCCACAGGAAAGUUAUAUCGUCCUAUGUAACUAUGUAAUGCAGAAGAUAUUUUACUGGCGAACAGUGAAAAUGGCAAAUGUUGGAUACACCAUUGUCAUGUAUAAGUAAGAAGAAAAAACAACCUGAAAAUAAAAAAUUCAAUUUUAAAUUUUAAUUGUGUUCUUGCCUCAUCAUGUUUUUGGUAAACAUUACACUCGACACCAAGAGUCGUUCUUUAGCACUGUAAUAUUGGUGUUCAAGUACUUUUCGGGCGUUAAAAUGCUAACAAUUGCCAUGUACCGUUUGCCCUGAUAUCGUUGUUUAUUAGGAGUUUAUAUCCAUGCACGAUCGCCGAUAGUUAGGUUAUUAAAUUUGUAGAAGCAAACAGGCAACCUUUCUACUAUUGGAAUAUAUGAUCGCUCAAAAGAGCACGAAAAAAAUGUGGAAAAGAGCUAUUAGAAUUUUAGAAUAUUUGUUUUAAUUUUGCCUGCACACGUAUAUCAUAUAAUAGGCAUUACUAUAUCAUAUAAUUAAGAACUACGCUGCCACCCCGAAUUACUUUAAUAAAUGGUCGAAUUGACAAGAGGAAUCAUUUCGAAUGUUUAUUUUGUAUUUUUAUGCCUAGCCCUUGCUUUCAUGUAACGGCAAGUUCCUAGAAUUCUAAAUAAACAACAUCUAUUAGCCGAUAGCAGACAUCAUUUUGUACGUUCUCACCGAGUCGCUUUUGAAUGAGAAUUCCCAUUCAUAAAUUGACCCUCAGGGUGGUCGCAUAGUUUUUAAUGCGGUUGUAACAUUGUAAAGUCUUAGAGAGGUGCUAUACAUGCCCAAGAUUAUUAUACUUAUUUGUACCUUUAUGUGAAAAUAAAUAUGUUAUUGUAUCCA